GCUGGUAGGAAACUCCUGGUAUAAUCACAAACGUAUCCAUAAAAUUGCAUUCUUGGCAGAGGGUAGAGAUGCUGAAAGUGUCAUUGACUAUUUCAUAUAUGGACCUGGAAUGAGAAGAAGAGUACUAGACGUCAAAGUUAUUCGGGGAGCUGAAUUGAGUACUGAUCAUAGGCUGCUGGUUAUGGAUGUAAGAUUUUGGAUUUUUAUGAAGCAAGCAAACAAAAAGUUUUCAAGAUUGAAAAUAGAAGUAUUUAAGGAGGAAGAGAAGAGAGAGAUAUAUAGAGAAAAAAAUAAGGGAACAUCUGGAAGAACUAAGAAGACAUGAGGAAUGGAAGGGGAGUGGAAGAACUAUGGAUAUGUUUGAAAACAGCAAUGUUAAGAGCAACAGAAGAAACGUGUGGUAAGACAACAAUAAAUACCAAGUUGAAGAGGACUAGAUGGUGGAAUGUCUUGGUGAUGAAAACAGUGCGUGAGAAAAAACAUGCUUGGCGAAGAUACUUGGAGAUUCAGUCAGAGGAAAACAGACGAAUAUAUGUAGAGAAAACGAAUAAUGCCAAAAGGAUCGUGAGAGAAGCAAAGUGUCAAUCGUGGGAGGAAUUUGGCGAAAAGAUUCAAGCAACUUACACUGAAAAUCGCAAGCAGUUCUGGAGCAUUGUUGAGGGACUGAGAGGAAGAAGAGUAAAACCAGUAAGAAACAUAAGAAAUAGGGAUGGUGUACUAAUUAGUAAACAGGAGGAGGUAUUAAAAGUUUGGAAAGAAUUUUUUGAGGAGAAAUUCAGAAAAGAGAUUGAGGAGGGAGCAGGAGAAGAUGAGCAGCAUGGAAUUGAUGAAAAUCUGGAGGUAUGUCAAGAAAUUACUCAAGAAGAAGUGAUAAAUUCUGUCAAGAAGAUGAAAUUAAAUAAAGCUUCAGGGUUGGAUAGAAUAUUCCCAGAAAUGGUCAAGUACGGAGGAAAUUUGUUGGUCGAAUGGAUAUGGUUACUAUUCAGAAAGAUCUGGGAUGAAGAAUAAUGCCAAAGGACUGGAAAUACAAUCUCAUAAUCCCAAUAUUCAAAAAGGGUAAUCAAUGCGAGUGUGAGAAUUACCGCCCAAUAUGCCUCUCUUCAGUGGUUUAUAAGAUCUAUACUAGAAUUCUAGAAAGCCGACUCAGAAAAGUGGUAGAGCAGUGGUCGCCAAACAGUCGAUCGCGAGCUACCGGUAGCUCGUGGGGUAGUUUUUGGUAGCUCACAGAAAUGCUUGGGUUGUCAACCAUGCAUUUCUCACAGAUAUAACUGAGAAGUUGAAUGAUUCAAAUUUGCAGUUUCAAGGGAAAGAUAAGGUGGAAUGAUUUGAACUGUAAAAUCGUUUUCCAAGGAGCUUGAGAUGUGGGAAAAGAAUGUCGUCCAGUUUGAAUAUAAACACUUUUCCAGUCUGAAGAAAAUCAAUGACGAGAAAAAUCCUCCACAGCACCACAGCAAUAACCAAGAAUACGUUACAAUUCUUUCAGACUUGUGACAACAGUUUGAUCAACGAUUUCAAGAUUUCAAAAGCAUAUCGAAUAUGAUACAAUUCGUCAACUCUCCUUUUGUAGAGAUCGAUGCAGAAGAUUUUGCAGCAUGUGUUGUAAAACAUUUUGGUGGAGAUCAGGCUUCAAUUGAAAUGGAAUUUGUGGAUUUUUAAAAUGAUCGUGUCUCUCAGAUCACUUU